AUGCUGCUUCGUAGUAAGUCACAUAAAGAAUUGAUAGGUUUGUCGCGUCAGCUUAUUCAACCGCUUCUUCCAAAUUUCCACAAGGGUCAAGCUGGGAGAAUAUGUAUCAUCGGUGGAAAUGAAGACUAUACAGGAGCUCCCUUCUUUUCAAGUCAUUCUGCUGCGUUGGUUGGUGCUGAUCUAUCUCAUGUGGUUUGCGAAAAGCAAGCAGCGCCAAUUAUAAAAACAUAUUCGCCUGAUCUAAUGAUUCAUCCAUAUUUGCUAGAUUUGGAGAGUCCAACAUUGAGAUUGAAAGAUGGAGAGUUAGAGGAUUUGAAAAAAUUGUCAAUUGAGGAGGUUUUGAAUCAAACAAACGUUCUUACUAACAUUAUUGAUGAUGUUAUUUUGCCAAAGAUUCAACCAUUGUUGACGAGAAUGGAUAUAAUAGUGGUUGGUCCAGGGUUUGGUCGUGACCCCUUGAUGUUGAAGUCAUUGGUUAGAAUAAUUGAAGAGAUUAAAGUGUUGAACAAGCCAAUUGUAUUAGAUGCAGACUCCUUGUACCUUUUAUCAAUAGAGCCAAAGUUGAUUACAAACUACUCAAAGGCUAUCAUCACUCCGAACAUUGCAGAGUUUCAACGAAUCGCGAAGAAAUUAGACAUUGAGGUUGAUAUUUCCAAGGACUAUUCAGAAGAAGCGUUGAUUGAACAAACCCAGAAAUUAUCCUCAAAGUUGGGCGACGUAUUGGUUUAUCGUAAAGGCGAGGUUGACAUAAUCGCCAACUCAAAAAAUGUUGUUCUUAACAACUCCACUGGAUCUAACAAACGUGUAGGAGGACAGGGAGACACACUAACAGGUGCUAUUGCAACAUUGGUGAACUGGUCAAACCACUAUUUGGAUAGCUUUUGGGACAACAAGGUCGAUUUGGAUGCAACUGAUGCCCACAUUCUUGCAUGUUAUUCUGCCGGAUCUUUGGUUAGAUCAGCAGGACAAAAGGCAUUCAAAAAGUAUGGUAGGUCAAUGCAAACGUCCAACAUACACGAGUUUUUGCAUGAGGCUUUUCUUGAACUAUUUGAUGAUAGUUUGUUUAGGUUUAGUAAUAUGUAA